AUGUGUGGUUCGGUUUGCUUCGCUCUUCCAGUUAGAUCUCAGAAGCUGAGUGAAGCCAGAGCACGUCAGCCUGUGCUCGUGAAGUUGGUGCGGGAUGCCUGGAAGGAUGACGAUGACUCUGUGCUUCAACGCCUGGGCCUUGCUUCCGCGCCUGCUGAAGGGCUGACAUCGCGACCAAAGAAGAAGGUUUGGGACGGCCUGGUUGUUUUGGGCGAGGACCUGCCGCACCCGAAGACAUCUGAAGGCAGAUCGCACAUGCCUAGGCGUGCCGCGCGGCACAAGUCAGUACCGCUGCGUGCCACAAUGAUGGUGCAGAGAGUGGCAGCGAUGUUCGACGAGCUUCGCGAUCAAGUGGUCGCCAUGGUCCUUGAACAUGAGCAGCAGGGAGGCCAGUUGACGGAGCUGCAGGGACAGCUGGCUGCCCAAACACAGCGGGUGGAAGCCCUGGAGGCAGAGCUUCAGGGAGGUUCGUCCAUGGACCUGGGGCAAGACCUGUGGCAAGGCUUCAACUUCUCCCUUUUCCUUGGCCUUACCCCCAAGUGCGUGCGGCGCCCCGGCAUGGACAUCAGGUGCGAGCGCACAGCUCAGCGCAAGUGCGUGGUGGGCUUCCUGAGCUGUGGAGAAGUCUUCGAUGUGAUCGAAGAGUGGCGAGGCAGAGAGGGCACCCUCUUCCUGAAGCUUGCCGGUGACCCAACCCUUGUCACCGGCAAGCUUCAGGAAGAGGGUUCGACAAGACCCGCACCGGCACCUUCUGCGUGCCAGUGGGAAGCGAGUGGCAGGACUGGCGAGGUCCUGAGGGCCACAAGGCCUGGACGGCCAACAACAGAGAUCACCAGCACGGAUCGUGGAACAACGCCCCCAGCGGGAAUGGUCGCGAUCGCGGAG